CAUAAGAAAAAUCUUUGGUAAGGUAACAUCUCAGAUACACACAACUUGCCCACUUGGUCUUUGAAAGGCCAACCAACUACCUAACUUUUCCCUUCCACUAAUACCAUCCAAAACUCUGAUUUCAUUCACAGAACCAUAGAAUGGAGUUCCCUGCACCACCUCACUAUCUUCCAUGGCACCUUGUCCCUUCUAACCUUCUAUUUCCCUAUAAUUUCACUCCAGAUAACUAUGUUCACUGGACUGAAACCCCUCAAUCUCAUAUAUUUUCAGCUGACAUCCCAGGUGUUAGGAAAGAAGAGCUGAGGGUAGAGGUUGAAGACUCAAGCUACCUUAUCAUUAGAACUGAAGCUGCUGCAAUGGAUGGAGAAUCAACAGAACCUGUGAGGAAGUUUAAGAGGAAGUUUCGGCUUCCUGGGAGGGUUGAUAUUGAUGGAAUCUCUGCUAAGUAUGAAAAUGGAGUCAUAACUGUUACAGUUCCAAGGUUAAUCAGGAGAGGUUUCUACAUUGACCCUGUUACUGUGCCUGAGAGAUUGGAUGUUCUUGCAAGAGCUGCUUGAGAGGUUGUUUUAGGAGAUAUUUGAUUACCAAUGGAUUAAUUGAUUAAUUGUGGAUCAGAAAUCAGAAUUAAUGAAAUGAAAUUUUUGCUUUGCAUAAUUGGCACUUGUUCUAUUU